AUGGGUGGAAAUGUGUGUGACUGUGGUGGUCUCAGUGGAAACUCUCUGUCAUUCACUGGCGAGACAGACACAGAUAGAGAGUUGUCAGGAGUCCUUCAGGGGACUGAGGAGAGCAGCACAGAAGAACAGGCUCCAGAACCAGGACCAAAUGAUGGACCAGGGAACCAGGGUAGAACCAGGGAGGUAAAACCCAGAGCCUAUAGCAGUCCUUUCUCCCUGAGAGACCUCCUUCUCAAGUACCCCCUGUUCUUCAGCAACCUCCUCUUCACAGUGCUAGGCCUGGUGGUCCUGGCCCUGGGACUGUGGGGCCUCAUCAACAAGGAAUCCUUCGCUCAGGACAAAAUAGGACAGAUCAGCACCGACCCCAUGCUGGUGUUUGUGAUGCUGGGCUUGGUGCUGUCUACCCUCUGCCUGUCAGGCUGUGUGGGGGCUCUGAGAGAGAACUGCUGCCUGCUCCAGGUCUCCUCAGCCACCGUGCUGGUCCUGGUAGCAGCCCAGGUCCUAGCGGCCAUCGUGGCCUACAGCCUGCAGGGACAGAUAGAUGGAUACCUGAGGUCAGGUAUGCUGGCUGCCAUGGUACGUUACCAGGAUGACCUGGACCUGAGGUUCAUCACAGAUGAGAUCCAGAUAGGACUGCAGUGCUGUGGGGCCGACAAGUACAGAGACUGGGAGGUCAACAUGUACUAUAACUGCUCUGCCCCGGGGGUGCUGUCCUGUGGGGUCCCUGCUACCUGCUGUGUGGACCCCCUGGGGAACGGCACGGUGUGGAACUCCCAGUGUGGAGUAGGAUCCCAGCAGCUGGAUGAAUUCUCUGCCCAGAGCGUCAUCUUUCUGGGGGGCUGUCUGGGGGGCAUGUCCCGCUGGAUAGAGCAGCACACAGGCCUGAUAGGAGCCGUGGGUAUCGUCCUACUGGGGAUUCAGAUCAUCCCUCUGUUCCUCACCACACGACUGAUGGAUAACAUCCAGUGCAGUAAAGCUACAAGAUAA